GAUUCACUGCAAGACAAAAGGUUAAGGCUCAUUUCUACAGCAGUAGUAUCAAUUGGUUGUUGAGGCCCCGAACCGUCUUCAAGAGAGGUUAACUUUUUUAAGAGGCAUCAUCAAGCAUCACAAGAACCCAAAGCAUCUUGCUUCUUGCCUUAUCCCAUUUCUACUUACAUUCUUUCUAUCAGACUGAUUCCAUCACCAUGACUGUUGCAGACUCUUUCAAAGGUGCACGCCGUCUCUCCGCCCGCAAUGAUGAAGUGCUUUCCUUUGAUGUUGGUGAUGACAGUGCCAAGUCGAUGGAGUACUGCCAGAAUUUGGCGAAGACAUUGAAUAACACGAGCCAGCUCCCCAAGGCUUGUGAGAAAUAUCCCAGCGUGGUUCAGGGAUUGGAAAAGAAAGCCGCUGAUGAAAAAUCCAAGCUCAACAAGGCUUUCACUGGAAUGUCUCCUGGACAAGCCCAGCGUGCCAAGGCCAACCGACUAAAGGGAGUUGAAACUCAGGCUCAGUUCCAACGACGCAUGACCCGCUCUCACAGAAUGUCGGGAUCCCACCGUGCUUAAGCAUUAUUUUCAUAGAGCCAUGGUGGUCGAUUAAUUUUCAUUCUGCGGUUGAUCCGGCAUCCACACACAAUCCAUCCUCCCACUACAACUAUUUCUACUACACAACCAGGGAGUCACCCCAACUGUCUUCUUCAGUCUACUACAAUAGGCAGGAAAAGUCCACUUGUGUGACUUGGCUGGGAUUCAUAUUUGAAUGGUUAAAUUUAGAUCGAUGGUUUUAUGGAAUCGAAUCUUGUUGGUGUCUGCUUUAUACGACGGAGCCACCGAUGGCCAACACAAAGAUCCGCGGUACACAACCGACAACAUGAAAAUGUCGCAAAUUCA